GGUGGCGCAUGUGCAGAGUCUCGGUUUCCACAGUGGAGUGUUGUGUUCUGGUUUAUGUAUGAGUGGAGUUACGGAAUAAAAUCUGCUGCACGUAUGCGGCCCUGCGGUGCGGAGAGAAGUUGCAGCUACUGGAAGAGACGUGAGGACGCGGCCGUCCGUCAAACAGACUAUGUCGGCUAAUAAAGCAAAGAAAGUCAAAAUGGCUACGAAAAUCGUGUCCUGAAUGCGACCAACAGAUUCCUGUGCUUGCAAGUCGUGCCCUUGUGGUUAUGUGUUUAUUAGCAGAAAACUUCUGAAUGCGAAAAUAAAUGCGCAGUCCUCAUCAUCAGCAGAAGACAAGGACUGUAAGCGGAGAAGAACAGAGCGCAUUCGUAGAGACCGGAUUGACUUCCCUUUAACAAACGAUAUGGAGAACAGGAGAAGGAUCCGGGCCAACAGUCAGUCAGAUCCUAUUCGAAGAGGACGAGGUAGACCAAAAACAGUGGGGCUGAAGAAACAAGAAGAAGAAAAAGAGAAACAAGAAAAGGAGGUGGACAUGUAUGCCACGCUUUCUGACGAAAAGGCCUUUGUGUUUUCCGUGGCCUUGGCUGAGAUCAACCGCAAGAUCUUGGGUCAGACACUCAUCUUGUAGGUCAUAGGCCAUAUUCCUAGGAAGGCUGGUGCAGUGCAGAGGACCUGCUAUUGCACAAAAGUAUCAAAUGAUGGAAGAAGACCAAAGACAACAGAAUGGACUGGAUCCUAACUCAGACCUGGAUGUGCUCCGGGUAGGUCAUAGGACAAAUUGCAGAACAUGGCCAGACCUUCAACCUGAGGCUGAUGGUGGUGAUGGUCACUACGUGCACCACCAGGCAUGAAUGUGCUCUGUUUCGUAUUUUUUUAUAGUAUUACAGGUGGGUGUGGCCUGCAUGUUCUCCUCAUGAACAGUGUUUUGGACACAACCAGGGAUGCCAUGCAGGACUGAUGCUUAUAAACUGUUACAUAGCCACACACAAGACGUCAUAUCUGCAUCAUUGCAGGUCCAAAUGAUAUCCACAAAAUGACGGGAAGAAUCCAUUAAAUUUCCCCCGACUGCUGUAAAGUUUUACAUUAAAUUGAGGACCAAGUCGUUUCCAUAACUGCUCUUGUUACCUGGAGGUGAUGUAUUCAGUUUUUUGGCCUCUUCACUGCAGCAGACCUGACGGUUUAAAAUACAAUUAAAUAAUUUCUUGGAUAACAUUAAUUUUUAAGUUUGAGUUUAUGUUCUGACCAUGUGGCCUAUUUACACAGACGCUCACUUGCCAAUUUAUUAGGUACACCUAGAGAAACCGUCCUGCAAGAAAUGUUGCCUUCAUGAGGAUUUCUAUUCUAUUUUUAUGGAAUCUGCCCAAGAGGUGCUGAUUAGUUUUGAGAUCAUUCUGGAGGCUGUAAUUUGUGGCGCUGUUGACCAGUUCCGGUUAAACUGAGACGUGUGCCUCGUGUUUAAUCAUCCACAGACCAAGUCUGUGGUCAGAGAAACAGUGCUGGAAGAGACAGUACCACGUCACUGGAGAAAACAACAGUGUGUAUUGUCUGUGGAAAUAUGUGCAUUUCUAAAUAGUUUUAUAAUGAAUAUGCCAUGAUGUCAUCACAAUCAUUAAAAGGUAAACAUCAAAUGUUGAA